AAGAUUAAAAAUGUACGACCAGCACAGCGUAGCAUAUUGAUUAAACAUUAUAUUUCAGAUUAGAGAGCGCAGAAUCCAAAGUGCGCAUCGAUUACAAUCAUGUUGCAGUUGCUCUGGAAAGCACCCAUUUUACUAGGACCACCAGAACAGGUGACACUAUAUUGUUGGGAACUUUGAGGCUUUUGCGCCAGAAUGACUCAACAACCAACGGCUACAUAGGCAACUCAACGUUGUGUUAUUUUUCGUUUUGUCCUGUUCGUUCCUCGUAGUUUAAAAAAGGAAGUGGUACUAAUUGUGUGCUAUCGUUUCACUUUCGUAUUUCGUUUGACGUCUAACUCCCGUGUUAACGUUAGUUGUACACCACUUUUUCGGUAUGAAGAGGAUAACAAAGUGGGGUCAAUUAUAUAAAACACGCAACGAUUCGGAAUCAAGUUCGGUCCUGGAAAACGCAGUCUGAUGAUGCUGUGACACACCUCCCCAGACCAUAACGGACCCUCCAUCUCCAAAUCGAUCCCGCUCCAGAGUACAGGCAUCGGUGUAACGCUCAUUCCUCGACGAUAAACGUGAAUCCGACCAUCACCCCUGGUGAGACAGAACCGCGACUCUUCAGUGAAGAGCACUUUUUGCCAGUCCUGUCUGGUCCAGCGAUGGUGGGUUUGUGCCCAUAGGCAACGUUGUUGCCGGUGAUGUCUGGUGAGGACCUGCCUUACAACAGGCCCGCAAGCCCUUAGUCCAGCCUCUCUCAGCCUGAUGGAGGGAUUGUGCGUUCCUGGUGUAACUCGGGCAGUUGUUGUUGCCAUCCUGUACCUGUCCCAAAGGUGUGAAGUUCGGAUGUACCAAUCCUGUACAGUUCAAUGGCAAGCUACCUAUGCUCCCUCUGGAGGUCCUGGAGGAGAUACUGCUGAAUGUACAUCCACACCAGGUGGUGUGUGUCUGUCGACUGGUCUGUCAUGAGUGGAAAGAAGUAGUAGACAGUGAUUCUCUUUGGAGAGAGAGGUGCCGAAGAGAGGGAUACCAGACACAUGAUGCCACUAAACUACCUGAAGACUGGCGUUUAUUUUACUUCUUGUGUAAGAAGAGACGUAAUCUUAUCAAAAACCCCGGAGCAGAGGAUAAAUUCAAUGGCUGGCAGAUCAUGAAGAAUGGAGGGGAUCAAUGGAACAUAGAGUCAGGGGACCUUAAUAACACGGCCACAAAAUACUUUGUGACUUCUUACGCGACCUGCAUGAAGUCUCAGCUGAUUGACUUGGAGGAAGAGGGUUACAGGCCUUCUUUAAUGGAUGCCUUUCAGCCUGCCAUAGUAAUAUCUGACUGGUAUGCUCCACGCUGGGACUGUGGCUCUGAAUAUGAGAUCUGUGUUGAGUUGCUAAAUCAAAAGAAGAAGCCAAUUAGGAAGUUUAGUCCAGAUGCUGUCAUCUUUCAACAGUGGAAUGAUCAGAAAUGGAAUCAGAUGAACGUGGUACCUUCAGGCGUUUUGGAAAUUGCUCCCAAGGAUGAACCAGACUUGUGGAGGUCUACAAUAAUUUUUGUGAGGUCUUGGCAGAUUUUUUUUUUUUUUCCCAUGAUGUCAAACAAAGAGGCACUGAGUUUGAAGAUGACUCAUGUGUUCAAGAAUUAUGGACCAGGAGUGCGAUACAUCCGAUUCAUUCAUGGGGGAAAGGACACUCAGUUCUGGGCCGGCUGGUAUGGAAUAAGAGUCACCAACAGUAGCGUUGAGAUCUGCCCAUCAGUGGACAGAUAGCUUUCGGGGUGUUGCCAACCUCUCAAGAGGCUACAUGUGAACGUUGUGCCUACUUGAAAGCUUUACUUUAGCAUCUGAAAUCUCCCUUAGAAUAAUUUUGUGUAUACCUUGUUCCAGUUUUUCUGUUUUAGGCAAUAUGAUGUUUUUCUGUGGAUAUAGACUAUUUUGGCUGUAGAAUAUAUCAUUUGUGUCCAUCUCUGAAUUGUACAGACCAAUACAAAUAUGCACUGUAUAUGCCUGUAAUACAUUGAAGCCAUAAACAAAGACAGACAGACCAAGGAGAGAAAGGAAAGUGCUAACUUGAAUGUAAUUUUGUAUGUAUAUAAACGUCUGACCCACUUUGACAAAUGCCACACUAAACGUUUGCUAUCUUUUGGUUGAACUCACCUACUUUUCUUAACAUGUAUAAGAAUGUAAUUGUUAACAUGUACAGUGCCAGUCAAAAGUUUGGACACACCUACUCAUUCCAGCGUUUUUUAUUAUUUUGUACAUUGUUGAAUAAUAGUGAAGACAUCAAACUAUGAAAUAGCACAUAUGGAAUCAUGUUACAACCAAAAAAAGUAAACUAAAUCUAAAUAUAUUUGAGAUUCUUCAAAGUAGCCACCCUUUGCCUUGAAGACAGCUCUGCACACUCUUGGAAUUCUCUCAACUAGCUUCAUGCAUUUCAAUUAACGUGUUAAGAAGCAAUGCGGCUUGGUUGGGUUGUUUCGGAGGACGCGUGGCUUUCGACCAUCGUCUCUCCCGGGCCCAUACAGGAGUUGUAGCGAUGAGACAAGAUAGUAGUUACUAACAAUUGGAUACCACGAGAAAAGGGUGUAUAAUUUGUGGAAUUUCUUUCCAUAAUGCGUUUGAGACAAUUAGUUGUGCUGUGUUGUAAAAGCCCAAGUCCAUAUUAUGGAAAGAACAGCUCAAAUAAGCAAAGAGUAACUCCAGUCCAUCAUUACUUGUGAUUUUUGGUUCCAACUACUGUGUUAGACUCAGAGUAGGUGAACGGGUGAUAUCUGCAUGUGUGGUUCCCACAGUGAAGCAUGGAGGAGGAGGUGUGGAGGUGCUUUGCUGGUGACACUGUGAUUUAUUUAGAAUUCAAGGCACACGUAACCAGCAUGGCUACCACAGCAUUCUGCAGUGAUACGCAAACUAUAAUUUGUUUAUCAACAGGACAAUGACUCAACACCCCUCCAGGCUGUGUAAGGGCUACUUGACCAAGAAGGAGAGUGAUGGAAUGCUGCAUCAGAUGACCUGCCCUCCUCCCAAUUGAGAUGGUUUGGGAUGAGUUGGAAAAGCAGCCAACAAGUGCUCAACAUAUGUGGGAACACCAACACUGUUGGAAAAGCAUUCCAGGUGAAGCUGUUUGAGAGAAUGCCAAGAGUGCACAAAGCUGUUAAAGUAAAGGGUGGCUACUUUUGAAGAAUAUAAAAUAUAUUUUGCUUUGUUUAACACUUUUUUUGGUUAUGAUUCCAUAUUUUAUUUCAGUGUUGAGGUCUUCACUAUUAAUCUACAAUGUAGAAAAUAAAAAAUAAACCUUGACUGCUACUGUAUAUUGAGAGAAUACACAGAUUACAUGGUGCACUGCAUAAGGAUAAGGAUAUACAGUGCAUUUGGAAAGUAUUCAGACAUUAUAGAAAUGUUUCCAAAUGUAGAUUUUUUUUUUUUAAACAAACCUUAUGUAAAUAAGUAUUGAGACAUUUUGCUAUGAUGUUCAAAAUUGAGCUCAGGUGCAUCCUGUUUCCAGUGAUCAUCCUUGAGAUGUUUCUACAACUUGAUUGGAGUCCACCUGUGGUCAAUUCAAUUGAUUGGACAUGAUUUGGAAAGGCACACGCCUAUCUAUAUAAGGUCCCACAGUUGACAGUGCAUGUCAGAGCAAAAACCAAGACAUGAGGUUGAAGGAAUUGUCUGUAGAGCUCCGAGACAGGAUCGUGUCAUGGCACAGAUCUGGGGAAGGGUACCAAAACAUUUCUGCAGCAUUGAAGGUCCUCAAGAACACAGUGGCCUCCAUUCUUAAAUGUAAUAGUACAGAGAGAUCCUUGAUGAGAACCUGCUCAGGACCUCAGACUGGGGGGCGAAGACAACCAAAACAACGCAGGAGUGGCUUUGUAAUAAGUCUCUGAAUGUCCUUGAACGGCCCAGCCAGAGCCUGGACUUGAACCCGAUUGAACAUCUCUGGAGAGAUCAUAAAAUCGCUGUGCAGCGAUGCUCUCCAUCCAGCCUGACAGGAUCUGCAGAGAAGAAUGGGAGAAACUCCCCAAAUACAGAUGUGCCAAGCUUGUCAUACCCAAGAAGACUCGAGGCUGUAAUCGCUGCCAAAGGUGUUUCAACAAAGUACUCAGUAAAGUGUCUGAAUAAUUAUGUAAAUGUGAUAUUUUUAUUUGUAAUACAUUUUCUAAAAACCCAUUUUUCAUUUGUAAUUUGGGGGUAUUGUGUGUAGAUUGAGAGGGGGGGGACUGGGACGAUUUAAACCAUUUUAGAAUAAGGCUGUAAUGUAACAAUGUGGAAAGUCAAGGGGUCUGAUUACUUUCCAAAUGCAUGAAGAUUAUUAAGUGUUUGAACCUGUAAUACAUUAAUAUAAAGUACACCAAUUUGGUUAUGUACUGCUAUCAUGUGGAAAUUACUUCUCAUGCUUUGUCUCUUGAGGUAAUAAAUACAUUAAAGUGUA